AGUGCCCUAAUAAAAACCUCUUUCCCCCUCCUCUGUCCUUUCUCUCUCUCUCUCUCUCUCUCUCUCUGCAGAAGAAGCUCAGAUACAGAAACUGACUACAAAGAAGAACAAACCUUUUUUUCUUAGAGCAAAAGAACUUCUUUUUUGCUCUUCCUAACCCCAACAAGACUUUCAUAGCUAUUAAAUCAGACCCCCUGGUAGACAAAAAAAUAUAUAUAUAUAUAAAGGGGGAAAUAACUAUUAUCCCAAAAGUGACCAACACUUCUCUCUCUCUUCCAUGGAUUUGCAACUGAAACAAUGGAGAAGCCAGCAGCAACAGCAGACAGAGUCAGAAGAACAACCUUCUGCAGCUAAGAUACCAAAACAUGUCUAUGACCAGAUUCAUUCCCAAACUCCAACUUCUACUGCUCUUCCUCUCUUUUCCCCUGAACCUUCCUCUUCUAAACUCUCCUCUUUGUCUCCUGAUUCUUCUUCCAGGUUCCCGAAGAUGGGGAGCUUCUUUAGCUCAGCACAGUGGCAAGAACUUGAACUACAGGCACUGAUCUACAGGUACAUGUUGGCUGGUGCUACUGUUCCUCAAGAGCUCCUUAGCCUCCUUUUACCAAUCAAGAAAAGUCUUCUCCAUCUUUCUCCUUCCUAUUUCCUUCAUCAUCCUCUUCAACACCUCCCUCAUUACCAGCCUGCUUGGUAUUUAGGGAGGGCGGCGAUGGAUCCUGAGCCAGGGAGAUGCAGGAGAACGGAUGGUAAGAAGUGGAGAUGUUCAAGAGACGUCUUCGCUGGCCACAAGUAUUGCGAGCGCCACAUGCACCGUGGCCGCAACCGUUCAAGAAAGCCUGUGGAAACUCCCACCGCCGUCAAUGCCACCGCCACGUCCAUGGCUACAGCAGCCACAGCCACCGCAACAACUACAACAUCUACGUUUGCUUUUGGUGGUGGUAGUAGUGGUGAUGAAGUGGCAGGUCAAGGAGGAUCGUUCUUCUUCUCUGCCCCUUCCAACUCUUCUUCAUCUGAACUUCUCCACCUUAGUCAAAGUUGUUCGGAGAUGAAGCAAGAAAGCAACAACAUCAACAACAAGAGGCCAUACGAGUCCCACAAUGGAUUCGGCAACCACAGGUCAGAUGGAGGCCAUAUCCUGAGGCCUUUCUUUGAUGAUUGGCCUCGUUCUUCGCUCCAAGAAGCUGACAAUAGUUCAAGUCCCAUGAGCUCAGCCACUUGUCUCUCCAUCUCCAUGCCUGGAAAUUCUUCCUCAGACGUCUCUUUGAAGCUGUCCACAGGCAACGAGGAAGAGGCUCGGAGCAACCACAAUGGGAGAGACCAGCAAAACAUGAGCUGGUGGAGCGGUGGAGGGUCUCACCACCACCAUAACCACAUGGGAGGGCCAUUGGCAGAAGCACUGAGAUCUUCCUCCUCGUCUUCCCCAACCAGUGUUCUCCAUCAGCUCGGUGUCUCAACACAAGCCUUCCAUUGAACAGUGUAAAAAACCACUGCGGUUUUUUUCUGUUUGUUUUGGGGUUUUAUUCAAAUUUUCGCUGUAUAAAGAGAGGGAAACUUUUGUUGUCCUCUUCCUUUUUCCUUAAGAUUUCCCCUGUAUCUGUAACCUUUCUUUGCAGUUUUUACUCUCAAAAGAUUUUAUGUUUUUGGAA